GGCCGAGAACUAUCAGUUGACUCCUGUCGUAGCGCCGAGGCGGAUGUCCCGCGCAGUGCGUGCCUCAUUUUGCGGAUAAAAGUGAUCCGAAAAAUGAUGGAAGUACCGGGUUUUGUGAGUUUCCUUUGUGUGCUGAUCGCCGCGACGGGAUCCCUCGGCCAUGUGGAGGAUGCGACGCGCGUCUCGGACAGCCUGCCGCCGAUCCACUUCGAGCCGCAGGUGGCCUUCCUGUGCGACCAGGGCCAGAGCUUCCACCCGCAGUACAUGAGCGACCAGGGCCGCUGGACCACCGAUCCGGAGAGCAAGGUGGCCUGCCUCAAGGACAAGGUGGACGUACUGACCUACUGCAAGAAGAUGUACCCCAAGCGGGACAUCACCAACAUCGUGGAGGCGUCCCACUCCGUGAAGGUGACCGGCUGGUGCCGCGUCGGCCACAAGAAGUGCAAGCACUCCGCCAUGGUCAAGCCCUUCCGGUGCUUAGAGGGCCCGUUCCAGAGCGACGCGCUGCUCGUGCCCGAGUCGUGCCUGUUCGACCACGUGCACAACCAGACGCGCUGCUGGGAGUUCGGCCGCUGGAACGAGACGGCCGCCCAGUCGUGCGCCGACCGCGACAUGCAGCUGCGCUCGUUCGCCAUGCUGCUGCCCUGCGGCAUCUCCGUCUUCGCCGGCGUCGAGUUUGUCUGCUGCCCCAAGAACGACCCGACCAAGGCCGUCAAGGUGCCCGUGGACAUGGCGCCGCUGCCCAGCAAACAGGACAAGGAGGACACGGCCGAGACGCCCUUCGACGCGUCCGACGACGCCUCGUCCGCCGCCCUGGACGCCUCCGAGGACGACGACGAGGAUGAGGACCUGGACGAGGAGGAGCAGGAUGCGGCGCUUCCGGACGCGCCCCUGUCCGACAACCAGGAGAACAACGACAACCAAGGGGACGGCGACGACGACUCGGACGACUCCGACGAGUACAACGAUGAGGACACCGGUGCUGGUAACGGCUCUGACGACAUCAACAACAAGGUGACGCCACCCACGACGCGCACCCCCAGCUCCAGCGCGGCCCCGCAGCCGUCGCCGGCAGCCGUCGCGGCCGCGGCCCAGCCCAGCCCCGCCGAGAACAGGAACACGCCGUCGCCCUACCCGACGCCCUCGCCCACCCCGGACCCCUACUUCCUGCACUUCGACCCGCGGCGCGAGCACCAGGACUACAAGCAGGCCCAGCACCGCCUGGAGGAGACCCACCGCGAGAAGGUCACUAAGGUGAUGAAGGACUGGUCCGACCUGGAGGAGCGCUACCAGGAGAUGCGCAGCCUGGACCCCAAGGGCGCGCUCGACUUCAAGAAGCGGAUGACGCUGCGCUUCCAGAAGACGGUCCAGUCGCUGGAGGAGGAGGGCGACGCGGAGAAGCACCAGCUGGUCGCCAUGCACCAGCAGCGCGUGCUGGCGCACAUCGGCCAGCGCAAGAAGGAGGCUAUGACUUGCUACACCACUGCCUUGAAUGACAGCCCGCCGAACACCCACCGCGUGCAGAAGUGCCUGCAGAAGCUGCUCCGCGCCCUGCACAAGGACCGCCACCACACCAUCGCCCACUACCGCCACCUGCUGGCGUCCUCGUUCGAGCAGGCCGAGCGCGAGAAGCCGAUGACCCUGGAGCACCUCACCGACAUCGACCGCAUGGUUAACCAGUCCCUGCAGAUGCUCCAACGGUUCCCGUCCCUGCAGGAGAAGAUCGGCCAGCUGAUGGAGGACUACAUCCAGGCCCUGCGCAGCAAGGACGACACCCCCGGCUCCCUGCUCACCAUGACCCGUGCCGCAGAGUCCGCCAUCCUGGACAAGUACCAGGCCGACGUGACCGCGCAGCAGGAGGAGAAAGAGCGACAGCGCGCCCUGGAGCGACAGCGCAAGGAGCAGCGCAAGAAGGAGCGCGUCGAGCUGCGCGAGGAGAAGCUGAGGGUAGAGGCGGCGUUCGGCAAGACGCUGUCCAAGGAGGCCAACGCCGACACGAUGGAGGACGACCACGAUGACCGGGACGUGAGCGACAACAGCAGCAACCAGGAGGACAGCCUGCUCAGCCUGCCCCUGGCCGGCAGCAGCACUGGCAGCAGCAGCAGCAGUGUCAGCUUCACCUCCUCGUCCCCUGCGCCCGCCCCCGCGGCGGCCCCCAUCGAGCGCGAGCACGAGCGCGAACAGCAGCGCGAGCAGCAGCGCGAGCAUGAGCGCGAGCAGCAGAGGGAGCGCGAGCGCGAGCGUGAACGUGAGCGCCCGACGCCGCCGGCUCCCGAGCUCGCCGUCCUCAGCCACAAGGAGGAAGGACCAAAGAUCGCCCACGCCCAGACUCACGACGUCAGCCACGGAGAGCCGACCUUCUCCCUGCGACGCGACUAUCGCCGAGAGAGCAAGGGCGUCUACUUCACACUGGCCUUCGCUGGCAUCGCGCUCCUGGCCGCCGUCGUCGUGGGCAUCGCGCUGCUGAGGAGAAGGAGCGCUCGUCUGCCCCAGAACCAGGGCUUUGUGGAAGUGGACCAGGCUGCUACACCAGAGGAGCGCCAUGUGGCGAAUAUGCAGAUUAAUGGAUAUGAAAAUCCCACUUACAAAUACUUUGAAGUCAAAGAAUAAGGAAGAGCUACUGAUGAUGGGUGCUCUCCACUUCUCUCCGACAUGUUUUGUAGAAAGCGAUUGAGCAGUGGAAGAUGCUAAGAACAUGACAGUAUCUCAUCGCUAGUUUAUUGUUUGUUUUCACAAUUGUAUGUUAUAUGCAAUUUCCUGGUGUGUUACUUAAAUGAAUCAUCACAAAAGUUUUGUAGAUAGUCAAAUGGUUUUAAGUGACAUACUGUACCUCUUAUUAGCAGGUUUAGCCAGUGUUUCUUUGACUGUGACCCUAUGAUUCACUUAAUUGAUAUUCUUCACUUGUGCCCAUAAUGUACUUCUACUAAAACAAACCUACCGUAUGACAUCUGGUGUUUUGUCAUCAAUAUUAUUAUUUAUGGUAUUAAAUGAAAAUAGAAAACUCCAGGUUGAUUGAGGAAUGUAUUUAGAGGAAAGGCUGGCCACUUGCAAGGCUGAUUGACAAGACCAUAUGCUGCUCAGCUCAGGUAACAUUAUGAGCUUCCAGCAGCUUUUACCACCGAAUCAUAUGGUUGUGAUUAACAAGUGGAAAUAGUCAUGGAAAGACAUUUAGAGAGGAUAGUGUGGCAGAAAGAUAUUUUUUUUUUUAAAUUUGUUUUUUGGUGGGUUGCUAUAAAUAGCUUAUUUAUUUUAUGCAGCUUAAUAAAGCUUGUAUAUUAAAAGAAACUCUGAGCAUUUAUGCUCUUGCACAAUUCCUCAGUCUUACUUGUUACAUUUAUUUAUUGUAUUGAUAAUUAUUUUUAAGAUGUUUUAUGUUAUUAAUUUGUAAAAUUUUGCUGCCAUUUCAAAACAACUCCAUCCACUGUAGCAUUUUUAUCCUUACUUAUUAAUUUUACCAUAUGCUCUCCACUUUUAUUCUUCUUUUUUCAGAGUUUCUGCGAACACCGUCUUUCGUGUUUUAUUUUAUGUAAUAUAAUGAUAUAGAUGUAAAAGAAACCCCUAAGCCUUUAAAUGUAGGCAGAUAGAAUGUGUGUGACGCUCGAUUUCCUGCUCUCAUUAUGUAUGGCUUAUGUCCUAGUUUGUGUAUGAAUCAUACACAGAUGUAGUAGAUUCGUAAGUAUCAUUGAAAAUAGUGCUAUUUUGUAUAAAAGUAUAACGUAUAUCUACUUGUAAUUGUGUACUGAGUUUGUAAGUCUUUUCUUGCAAGUAGAAUCUGAGUGCAACAAUCACUUGGGUAUGCUUAAAACCUUUAUAAGGUUUUUUUUGUUUGUUUUUUCUAUUUAUGCUGCAUACUCCAUGCAAUGUGUAUGCACAACUUCAUUUUGUUUGGUUUGGGUUCCAAAUUGUCAUCUAAAGGUUAAAUUAUUGCAGUUUUAUUGUCCGCUUGCAAUUCCACCAGCUGCACUUUGGCACAAUCUAAAUGGAAAUCAAUUUUUCUGUUGAGCAUAUGAUUUUAUUGCAUGUCCCACAGUAUUUGAAUACUUGUUCUAUUGCGCUCUCAGUAAAGCUGUGCCUUUUUUAUUUUAAUGUGGAAUUGGAGUUAUAUUUAAAAUUAUUGUUCCCUCAAGCAACUAAUGAAUAGUUCAUAUCAUUUAUCAUCAUGACUGCAUUAACUUAAAUAGUUGAAGAGGAAGUUGGAGAAAAACUCUAGAAAGACCAUUGUCUUUUAUUCAUUCCAAGGAGGGGCUCAAACAGUCAUGAGCUUCUAGUCAGGACUAUGAUUUGAAUUUAUCAGGGACACACUUGUUGUUGCUUAUUUAUAUGAAUGAUAUUGAGUCACUAAGUUAUUCUGCGUGUAGUGGAUUGCAUUCAUGCAUUUCCUUUCCCUGACACCAUGAUAACUCGCUGCACUGUAGGAACAGAGGUUGAGGGGCACAAGAGAACUUACCAAUUUUGAUGACACAUAUUCUGCCCUGUCUGGGUAACUGUGUCUGCUCCAAAAUAGCUGUUUCUAUCAUGUUGAUGAAACAGUUAAAAUUUACCUCUUAUCUUAUUACAGUGAAAAUCUUGAACAUUUGUAAUGAAGGACAGCAAGUUGUAAUUGUUGACAUUAAUUUAUUUCCAGCAUUUUAGCCACUUAAAUAAACUCUGAUUCUGUGUGUGGUUCAUAAUUUAAGCACACAUUUAAGCAUCAUCUCAUUAAAAUUUCAGGAUUUCAAUUUCUGUUUUAGGUGGUAAGCUCCUUAGCUUGGAACAUACCGUUACGUUCUUCUGAUGUUUAAAAUUAAUUCUCUUUAUAUUGUUUGUUAUCUUUAUAAUUUUCUAUUUUCCUGCUGUUGUACAAGGAAAGGGGUACAUCAGCUGUGUCAUUAAACAGUUUAUGAUUUUGCAGCAUUUCAGGUUGUUGAAAUGAUAUUAUCCUUUGAGCCUAUUUGGCAUAAUAAAUUUCUCUUUAGGUGUAUGUGUCUUUUUAGUACCUACUUCCUACCUGGUAUUAGUCAAAACUUCAUACCUAUGCAUCUCUUAUAACUUUUACGCAUCUUAUUAUGAUAGCUAUACCUUUCUUAGUUACUAAUUCCUACAUAAGAGCAAAUUCCUGCUAAAGUUUACUUGUGUAUGUAAUUUUGUGUCAUGUGUCUCCAACUGUAAUUUAGGUGGCAAAAGCUAAAACUUUGUAUAAAUUAAAAGAAGUCCAUAAAAACAGUAA